AUGGUGUCCUUCGAGGAGGAUGGAAGCUGGAGCGUGUCCUUCGUGGGCGCCGGCUUCCUGGCUCUCUACCACGUGGGCGCGACCCAGUGCAUGAAGGAGCGCGCCCCGCGCCUCUUCUCCGGCACCCGCCGCUUCUACGGCUCCUCCUCGGGAGCGCUCCAGGCCUUGGCCAUUGUCAGCGGGAAGUCCGUCGAAUUCUGCUGCACCCACCUCCUGGGCAUGGUGAGGGUGAUCAAGGGGCUGAGUCUGGGCAUCUUCCACCCGGCCUUCGCCCCCAUCGAGCACAUCACCUGGGAACUGCAGGAGAACCUGCCCGCCGACGCCCACAUCCUGGCUUCAAAGCAGCUGGGCAUCUCGCUGACCCGCUGGUCGGACGGCAAGAACGUCAUCGUCACCGAAUUCGCCACCCGAGAGGAGCUUAUCCAGGCCAUGGUCUGUACCCUAUACCUCCCUUUGUACUGCGGGGUGAUCCCUCCGGAAUUCAGAGGGGAGCGCUACUUUGACGGAGCUAUUAGCAACAAUAUGCCCUUGGAAGACAAGAAGUCCACCAUCACCGUGGCCCCCUUCCCCGGGAAGCAGGACAUCUGUCCCCAGAGCCCCUUGGCAGGCAUGCGCGAGCCCCAAACCGUCAGGACCAAGUUCCAGCUCUACCUGAGGAAUGCACUCAGGGUGUACUAUGCCAUCUUCCCACCCAGCCCAGAGGUAGUGGCUGACAUAUGCAGACAAGGUUACCUGGACACCCUGAGGUUCCUGGAGAGACGGGGACUCACCAAGGAGCCCAUACUCUGGACUUUGGCAUCUAUGGAACCUCCAGCCCCCGCCGAAGGCACCCAGGACAGUGUCAGUGAUGAGAACAGGAAGGCAGGGCCGCCUGUCAACUGGGAGGUGCCCAACGUGUUGGUCAAGGAUGUGCCCAACUUUGAGCAGCUCUCGCCAGAACUGGAGGCUGCUCUGAGGAAGGCGUGCAGGGAGAAGCGUGGCCUCUGGGCCCGCUUCAGGAGGUCGAGCCUCGGGCAGGUGAUGACGUACCUGCUGCUGCCCUACACGCUGCCUGUGGAGUACGUCUUCUUCCGGUGCAGAAGGGUGUUGGCCUGGCUGCCCGAUGCGCCGAGGGACCUUCGCUGGAUGCAGGGUGUGCUGAGAGACCUGGCCGGAGGGCUGUUCUCCAGAUCCAAGGCCCAGCUCCUGGGGGCUGUCAGGCCUCCCUCCACCAGAAUGGUGGUCUUCUGGGCUUCAUGA